UCGACCUCACUGGACCGCCUCCUUCCAUGGUAAGGAUGGUGGGCAGUCGACGCAACCUAAAUGAUUUUCUAUUCUCAAGACCAUGUACAACGCUGGCAAGCGGCAGGACUGAUCACGCCCUCUACCGAUUUCUUCAUCAUCAUCAAGCUGCAUCAGAGAGUUUGUCUACCGUUGGUAAUCACGAGUCUGUCAACAAGGUCCUAGUUGAAUCCAAUGGAAGGCUUAACGACUGUGCUGCCUGCCACCACUUGCCAGACCUCCAUUUGAUGUUUGCUGUCAAGGAGAAGGACAGCGAGGCUUCUUCCAUCAUGGUUUCUAGAAGGAUGUGAGCAUACAAGGCUGCUGCCUCUGCAUGACUGGCGGGUUGAACAAGAAGUGGAAGCUCAACUCUUCUUUGCGAAACCAAAAGUUUAAUCCUCAGGUUGUUUUGGGCUGUGGACUGUUAUUUGUGCCUCAACAUCUGGAACGUUGGGUGAUAGCCGAUGUUGUAAAGUCGUUUUGUGGCUGGAAGCUUUAGUGGUGUUGCUGUAAAGUCUGGUUGGUUAGACUUGUGAUAGAGCUGGGUUGCGUUGUUGCACUUUUGUUGAUCAUUGUUUGAACUGUGAUCUGAUUGUCGAAAAAACAGGGAAG